CACCAAAAGGCGCUCAGGGGGCUUGGCUGAAAGCUGAGCAGGCGGAGCUCUCUUAUCCCGGCCGGAGAGGAGCGCGAGGUCUAUAUAUAUAUAUAUAUAUAUAAGCUCGCUCUCGUCUGCGCGGCGGCGAGCGCGCUGGAGCAUUUAGUGGCCUCUUCCGUGAGAUCCGAGGCAGGGAGACUGCCGUGCGCGGGCCCUGCAAGAAAUGAGUGACAUGGACUCAUACAAGGUUCUUCUGGAUGGACCAGCCCCAUGGGGAUUCAGACUGCAAGGUGGCAAGGACUUCAAUAUGCCACUCUCCAUUUCCAGGCUCACCCCCGGGGGCAAGGCAGCCCAGGCAGGGGUUGGAGUUGGGGACUGGGUGCUCAGCAUUGAUGGAGAGAGCACCAGCACCAUGACUCACAUUGAAGCCCAGAACAAGAUCCGUGCCUGUGGGGACAAACUCUCCCUCAGCUUAAGCAAAGUCCAGAAUCUCCUAGGCAGACCUCAGAAGGAUGCACUCCCUUCUUCUCAGCCCCCCAAAUACAACUUCACUCCCAGUUCUGCCCUCAACAAGACAGCCCGGCCCUUUGGGGUUAACCCUGUUCCAAAUUCUGAGCCUGGGCGGGUGAUGAAACCCGUGCGCGACGCCAGUAAAAAGAGACUUAUGGAGGACACAGAGGACUGGCGACCACGGACUGGGACUACUCAGUCUCCUUCCUUCCGCAUUCUGGCCCAUCUCACAGGCACAGAAUUCAUGCGAGACCCAGAUGACGAGCAUCUUAAGGCGGCCAGAAGGUCAGCAGUUCAGCGGUUUGAAUCCCUAGCACCAUGUUCUACUGCUCCAAAGCCUGCACCUAUCACAGGCCCUUCCAGUCGUCCACCCUGGGCUGUGGAUCCUUCCUUCGCUGAGCGAUAUGCACCAGAUAAAACUAGCACUGUGCUGAGCACGCACAGCCAGCCAGCCACCCCAACGCCGGUGCAGAACCGCAACUCUAUUGUCCAGGCUGCCCAGCAAGCUCCAGAGAGUGCCAGCAAAACGCCCAUCUGCUAUCAGUGCAACAAAAUCAUCAGGGGGCGCUACCUGAUGGCUCUGGGACGCUACUACCACCCAGAAGAGUUCACCUGCACACAGUGCAGGAAGGUGCUUGAUGAGGGUGGCUUCUUUGAAGAAAAGGGCUCCAUCUUUUGCCCCAAGUGUUAUGACAUGCGCUACGCCCCCAAUUGCGCCAAGUGCAAGAAGAAGAUUACAGGGGAAAUUAUGCAUGCUCUGAAGAUGACCUGGCACGUUCAGUGCUUUGUCUGCGCUGCCUGCAGAACUCCCAUCCGCAAUCGUGCUUUCUACAUAGAAGAGGGGCAGCCCUACUGUGAGAGAGAUUAUGACAAGAUGUUUGGAACUAAGUGCCGUGGCUGUGAUUUCAAAAUAGACGCUGGCGAUCGUUUCCUUGAGGCCCUGGGCUUCAGCUGGCAUGACACUUGCUUUGUUUGUGCGAUUUGCCAGAUCAAUUUGGAAGGAAAGACAUUCUAUUCCAAAAAGGACAAGCCGCUGUGCAAGAGCCACGCUUUCUCCCAUGUGUGAGGCGGAGGAGACCUUAAGUGCCCAAGCUGCUGCCUGCCCAAACUCUGCACCCCUCUUUCCUGUCCUGAGAGAGCCCCCAGACCACAUGUCUCACUCGGCUAUUUUUCCCCAUAGAGGGAACGCUCAGGGUCCUUUUAGGGAGGUUUACAACUAUUGUAUUUCUUUGACCUAAUCUGGUGUUCUUCCUACGUAUUUGGCUUUUAUUUCUUGCAGACUCCAUCCAACUUGUGGUUGAAAUUGCUAGAUAUUUGGGGAAUUGAAGUCCAGGACUUCUAGAGGACACCAGCUUAGGGGAAGGAUACUGUAGAGUUCUGUGCCCAUUUCAGCCAAAGAAAGAAAGUCUCGAGAAGUUUCUCCCUAGUAAAGGAUCCCAAAUGAUGGCAUGCUUGAAAGGAAGCAUCAGCUGGCCUUCCCCUGAAGUCAUUAACUCAGUGAAAACUUGCUAUUAAAGCUCCAGGGAAAAGUGGGGGAAGGCAGCUUUCCCCAGAGUUCACUAGCAUUACUUUCUGUCCCCUUUUGCAAUGUAAUUACCAAUAAUCCUCUGCCCUUCCUUCUCUGACAAAGCAUUUGCAAAGGGCUUAUAUAAUCAGGUUGGCUCUGCCUUUUGCCCAUUGGCAUGCAUUUCCAGCUAUAUUGCUCAGUGAAAUUGCUUUUUCCAAAAAAAAAAAAGAAAAAAAAAAGCCCCAAACCCCAAAUCUCUUUUCCUCCUAACCACUUGCUAGUAACAAAAAUAUGGGACCCCCUACCACAGAAAGUGAGUGGCUUAUCUAAAGGAUGGUGUUGUAAGUUUCCACAGACCAAGAAAAAGCUUACUUCAAAGUACCAUACAGGAAAGAACAGUUUCAAGAUCCUGCUUCUUCACAUCAGCAAAAACUGCUUCUCCAUCAUGAGAUGAACUUGGGACUCUAUACUUAGGAACACAACUUUAUAUAUACUGUAGCACAAAGCUUCUGAGGUCAGUGGUGGCCCCAAAGCACCCCUACCAAAGACCUACUAUUUUUUUCUUUUGCUCUAAAUGUAUUUCUCAGAACCGUGCUGUUCAGCUAGGAGUCUGUGAUUCCUCGCCACCUUUGAUGCCCUAAUAAAAUAUGUCUUUUAAUUCUU